AUGGAACAUAAGCCACGUUUGAUUCUAGUGAGCACAAGCUCCGGAAGGAAAGAGAGUCUUAGAGAGGUUUUAGAAGACCCCGGAGUGAAGAAUCUGGUAAAGGAUAGGAAGGCGGAAGAGGAGGCGAGUGUUCUGAAGGAAUUGAUGGAGUUGAAGAGGAUGAGUGGUGGUGGUGGGCGUGUGUGUUACGGGGUGAGGAGUGUAGAGGCAGCGCAAGAGAUGGCGGCGGUGGAGAAACUGUUUAUAACGGAAGAGUUAUACAGGAGUGUGGAUAUAGGGAGGAGGAGGAGGUAUGUGAAGCUGGUGAGUGAGGUGGAGAAUUACGGAGGGAUCGUCCAUGUCUUCUCUUCCAUGGAUGAGUCUGAGUCUGGGAAGGAACUUACACAGUUGACGGGCAUUGCUGCUAUUCUCCGCUUUCUCUUACCCUAA